UCCUUUAAAGCUUCAAAAAUACAUGAUCGAGUGGAAGUAUUCAGAAAUGUAACUAUUGCUGAGAGAGCACCAUAUAUGAAUGGCUGGAAAAACACUGCACAACCAUGGAGAAUGAAUCAAACACAACAACGUGUUCUGCAUCUACAACUACUAGCACCACCACCUCCAGGACACAGCCACCACAGAUAUCUGUCUACAGUGGUUCUGACCGACAUGCUGUCCAGGUCAUUCAGCAGGCCUUGCAUCGUCCCCCUAGCUCGGCUGCUCAGUACCUUCAGCAGAUGUAUGCAGCCCAACAGCAGCAUCUGAUGCUGCAGACUGCUGCUUUGCAACAGCAGCACUUAAGUAGCACCCAGUUUCAGAGUCUGGCAGCUGUUCCACAGGCAAGUCUGUCAGGUGGGAGGCAGUGUACAUCCCCCACUGGGAGUGUCACUCAGCAGUCAAGCAUGUCACAGACAUCGAUCAACCUCUCCACCUCUCCUACACCUGCGCAAAUAAUAAGUCGUUCACAGACCUCCAACACUACUAGCAGCAGUAUUACCCAACAGACUAUGUUGCUGGGGAGUACCUCCCCUACGCUGAGUGCAAGCCAGGCUCAAAUGUAUCUCCGAGCUCAGAUGCUGAUUUUUACUCCCGCUACCACUGUGGCUGCUGUCCAGUCUGACAUUCCAGUUGUCUCAUCUUCCUCAUCUUCUUGUCAAUCUGCGGCAACUCAGGGGGAGAACGGUUGAUUUACUGCUCCUUCUACUUUGUGUCCAGGAGAAAAAAAAAUCUGCUUUCAGAUUUUGGUUCUUGGAACGACGCUCAACAUUAAAACUGAAUGCUCCACCAAGCCGGCCCUGUACGCUGGUUCUGGUGUGUCGUCCCAAUCCAGGCCGCACAUCAGCCCUUCUCUGGACCCUGGGACCCAAUGAGUUAGACACUCCUGAGAUGGAGCAUUUCGUUUAGUUCUCAAGUGACAUGCUGAGGUUCUAUUGCUUUACACAAUCUUAUGGCUUUCUGGCAACAGAACAUUGCCAGCAUCCCAUUCCUCUAAGCAAGACAUUUUUUAGAAAGUUGGGGGCAAGAAGGUAUUUGUCUUGCUGUUGUCCAAAAACAUUUUCAAGGUGUUUGAAGCUACAAGAUUCCCAUUAUUUUCUGCAGUAAUUUUUAAGAAUUUGGAAAAGAGAAGUCAGAACUUGUGUUUGCACCUUUCAGAACCUUAUGGCACACCUUUCAUGAAAGAAUCUACUAUCCUCAGUGUUCUCUUCCCAGUGUUUCACAACAUUUAAAAGACACUGUCAUUUGUACUUUAUUUAAUUUAAUUAUUUUAGACCUGAAUUACUCCUUUCAUGGCAGGAAGGUGUUAAAGAUUGGGAAGGAAAAGGUUUAAGGGCAUUGGAGAAGAUGUUUGGGAUUGCUAUAGAGGAAGGUGGAAUUGUGAAAUGGUCGAGGAAGGAGUGGUAGUUAAGUGUGCUUAUAUGAAACCCAGCAACCUGUAAGUAAUGACAUCUAUUUUCACAAUGAAAAACUUGUUUGUACUAGUUCUAUGCCACCCCAACAUGCGUGUUCCUUUUUAUGCUCUGCUUGAGAGUAGGGACUGUUGUCUUCCUGUGUAUUUGGAACACGGUUUUGGUAUUACAGCAAUGUAUGUAACAAUAAUUAAUAAAGACAGUUUGUUAUGCAUGGCUAGUUUCUUUCCUAUAUAUUGGCAGUUAAGCAAAUGUUGAAAAUUUUGAAAAAGGUGGAAGCAAAACUUGUAUGCCAGGUUUAAUCUAGGUGGCUUUCUUUAAAUGAUAUCCAUACUGCAUGCUUAUACGAAAUGAGCUCUAGUCCUAAGGAAAUGUUUGGUUUUGACAUGC